AUGGACAGACAGGGAGUGCGGUUGCUGCUGACAGCAGACGUACCGCCGCUGGAUCCACGGUUCGACAGGUCACACUUGCGCGAUGACCAGUAUAUUGAAUGCCUCUUGGACGAGAUCCAAUCCUUGCGACGCGCUGUGUCUCAAAGAGAUGAAGUGAUAAGUCAACUACGCGAGAGCAUUGGCCAAUCAAAUAAUAGCAAAGCUCCUGAGCUAAUUGUCGACGACGUGCCAAUACGCCUGGCUGGUAGACGUCGCGCUUCAAGGUCGGAGUCUCAGCCUCGCGAACUGAACGAACACCCUUAUCGACUUUCGGCAACAUCUACCGCCCUGAAACACGCCGAGUCAUUGGUCCUGGAUGACUUAGACCUUGAGCAAGUUAAACUGAAUCCGUCUGUAGGCCUGCUGGUAUUUCUGCCAACGAUUCCUACGGAGCUGCAGUUUGAACAACGCGGUGACGCUACUCAUCCCACACUCAAACAACUGACACUGACCAACCUGGUCAGUUCAUACAAACUGCGUAUUCGCCUUCCAUACACUUUACAAAAUCGCCUGGGCGAUGAUUGGCGCCGACUGCAAGGUGAAGGCAAUCGCUCCAACGUCGAUCUCUCACGGGGAUCGCUGGAGCCCCCCAAACUGCCACUCCUUGAACCUCAACCGCGCCAACUUCUGACGUCGCUGAUAAUAAGCGAGGAAGAUGGUGAUCUGACGCCUAAGCAGCAGUUUGCGUCUCUACCUCAUAGCGCCAGUACAGCUCAUAUCUCCCCGAUUCCAUCAUCGGGAAUUGAUGUCAUUGAACAAGCGGAAAGCCCUCAGCGAGAAGCUGUACGUCAACGACUUGCUGAGCCCCCAUCAAUCGUUGGUUUCAACCGAAAUUCACUACCAAGUGUUAAGCUGCCUGCUUUGGCAAACUUUCCUCUUGACGCCGGCGCUGGGCGCCGCACGUCUCAGCAACUGACACCACAGGCACCUAACACCCCGGAAGCAUUUGGCCGUCGCCAAAAUCGAGACCUGCUUGCAGACGAAUUAAAUCUGGUGAAUUCACCCCUGAGUUUUCAACCGAAUAUGGGACCAGAAUCGCUAAGAACACCUACUCUGAGUCUGUUCAAUACUAAGCUGCAAGGCCUGUUUCAUGUAUUGUCUCUGCCGCAGCCAGAGCAAGACGCAGAGCUGUUGCUAAUAAAACCUGAUGACUUUCACACUAUCUAUCUUAACGUUGUUCUGACGUAUCUGGUGAAUCGCGACAACCACAUCACCCUGCCACUGCUGAAACGUCGCGACGACAUUAAUUUCACUGUUGCCGUUACAGACAGAGACAGCGACAAAGAAAUGUGGCGUAUUCGGAAGCUGUACACCCAAGCAAUGCAAUUCGAUUCCGAAAUUCGUCCAAUCGUCGAAGUAUUUGGCCUUCCUAUACUUCCAGACAAAAACUUAUUUCUCCUGAGUCAACCCAGCAAAGUGGAUCAGAGACGCCAGCAACUUCAAGAUUACUUUAACUCUUUGUUCACAUUCCCGCAUAUUCCUCAAAUGAUAUUAUUCAAGAUUUGUCGGUUUCUCUCGCUUGAUUUUGUCAAUCCACUCGAUGAUCACAAGAGUGGGGCCCGCAAGGAAGGUUAUCUUCUCAGACGGUACAAAGGUUUAGGUCUGAACUGGCGAAUCAGAUGGUGCCAGGUUGAUGGACCAAUGUUGGAAAUUUACGAUUACCCAGGAGCCCCUCUUUCGGAAUCCAUCAAACUCACAGGUGCCCAGAUUGGUCGUCAAAAUCUGGAUCAAGUUGCUGAUGAUAAAGGUUAUCGUCAUGCGUUUUUGAUCAUGGAAUCCCGAGCAAACACUCGCAUGUCAAACCUUCCCAAGCAUUUCUUUUGUGCGGAAACUGACGAAGAGCGAGAUGAAUGGGUUGAUGCUUUACUUGAAUUCAAUGAGCUAGAUGAUAAAUUGCAAUCCCCUAAACUGGAGGUGGCACCGGUUAAUGAAGACACUCCCCCACCAGCUUAUUCGGAGGAUGUUGACACUUUGAAUCUGAAAAGUCUGCGCAGUCGUGAUCCACGUGACACCAGCGUUGAUAGUAUUGGAACUUCUUAUGUUGGAUACAGUGAUAAGGAGUCUCUGACGCUGUAUCUGACGACUUUAGGGCCAGUUGAAGACGAACCCAUCAUACAGAAGAAAAAGAAAAAGAGCAUAUUUCCAUUUUCUCGCUAUCUUACUUCAAGUGGCCCAGAUGAGGUUCAGGUACCGCCUGCACUGCCAUACCAAUCGAAUUCACCAAUUGUGCAACCCAGCUCCCAAAUUAACGGUCAAAGUUCAAUUCCUCAAGCUCCUCCGAUGCAAAGCAACUCCAUGCAGCAAUAUAUUGAGCAACUCAACCAGGAAGACGGUAACGCCAUUGCUCGAAUUUUUGGAGGCGAAUUAAGCGAUGCAUAUAAGCUUCUGAAGCGUGAAGUUUUUGGACGCUUCACUCCGGCCAUCAUUGCACGCAGCAUAGAGUAUCUCAUUAAAGUUGGUGCUUUAUAUGAGGAAGGAAUUUUUCGCUUAUCUGGUCUGGCCCUCUGCAUCCGGCAGUUGAAAGAUCAAUUCAACCUGCAUUUUGACGUUGAUUUUGCUACAUGCGAACCUCGCCCCGACAUGCACACCGUCGCUCUGCUUCUUAAGACGUACUUGCGUGAGUUGCCAGCCCCAAUACUUGGACUUCAGUGCUUCAAUCAUUUAAACGGUAUUGUUCUCCACAACCCUAACAUCUCACCGCUGCAACUCGCACUUCAAUUUCGUGAUUAUUUCAAUGACACCAAUAAUGUUGAUGAGGUUCAUUACAACACCUGCUAUGUGAUUUUCAGAUUUUUGCAAUUGGUUAUUUCCCACUCGCAACAUAAUCGCAUGAAUUUGCGCAAUGUCUGUAUUGUAUUUGUGCCAACGUUGAAUGUUACGUUAGAGGUAUUGCUGACGUUUUUGAUUGAUUUUGCAUGCAUUUUUGAGGGGGCUGCUCCAGUACCUGACCAUUCACGAGAAAUUUUGGAUGUUAACAUUCCGAAUUUCCCCAACAGAUAG